UUGUACAAUAAGUGACUGAAAUAUCGAUAGAAAAGUAUCAAUUCUGUUACAUUUGGUUUUGUUUUUCUGCUUGGCUAUUUUAGAAUAGAGUCCAUGAUGGGAUUGAAACUUGUGAAAUUUUGCAGCUUCGUAAACUUGUACUGUUCCUUCCGAAACUCAGAAACUCAGAAACUUUUUCGAGAGCGUCGUGCGCAGCAUUCUUGCCAACGACAGAAACCCUCGUUCUCCUAUUAUUAUGGCCACAAAAGUAUCUAUUGCAAUAUCUUAGUGAAGAAGUGCUCGCGUCGUACUUACUUGAAGCUUGCAGUAUUACUUGCGUAUAGCGUUGUGCUUCCAAACAAUCUAUUAGCUCAAAAGGUUUCUGAAAGCAGCGAAAAAAGCCUCACAGUAUUCAAAACUUCUGGAGGCACAGAAUACGUAGAUUUUAGAGUCGGUUCCGGUGAUAGUCCGGCAUGGGGAGACAUGGUAGUUAUCCACUAUGUCAUUUAUACUGUUGAAGGAGGUCAGCUCAGGAAAUUCUAUAGUACAUAUGAUGACAAGCAACCUUUCGCUUUUCGACACGGUAACGGGCAGACGAUAAAGGGUCUUGAAGAAGGAAUAGAUUCAAUGAAAGUAGGCGGCAGACGACGAAUGGUUAUUCCUGGAUCUCUUGCAUAUUCUGUGGCAGGUUUAGGACCUAUCCCACCCUCAACCUCUGUAAGAAGGAAACUGGCGGACUCUUUAAAACAAGGCAAGAGAGCUAUUCAAUGUGAUACUUUUUAUUUAAAGCAAAUAGGCAACGUUUUGUCACUUGAUGUUGAGUUACUGAAGAUAUGGAAGGAUCCAGUGGGAAUGGAAUACUACAGUGACUUCGUUCCGGAUGUUUCCAAGAUACCGAGGUCGAUUUUUUUAAAAAAAUGAUUCUGAAAUGUGUUAUUUGUU